AUGUCAUACGCACACAUUGGCGCCCCGGUGCCGUUUAACGGAACCGAUGAGCUUACCGGUGGCAAUCCCACCGACACAAACCUCAACCAGUGGUACCAGUCCGGUGACCAGGCCUUCAUCCUCAUCAGCGCCUGCCUCGUGCUCCUCAUGGUCCCCGGCAUCGCCUUCCUCUACUCCGGCCUCGCCCGGCGCAAGUCCGCCCUCUCCAUGCUCUGGGUCGUCAUGAUGUCCUUUUCCGUCAUCGUCUUCCAGUGGUACUUUUGGGGCUUCUCCCUCGCCUUCUCCCCGACCUCCUCCAACCACUUCAUCGGCGACCUGCACCACUUUGGCCUCCGCAAGGUCCUCGCCGCCCCCUCCCUCGGCUCCCCGCUCGUCCCCGCCCUCCUCUACUCCUUCUACCAGAUGAUGUUCUGCGCCGUCACCGCCGCCCUGACCGUCGGCGCCGUCGCCGAGCGCGGCCGCGUCGUCCCCUCCAUGGUCUUCACCUUCUUUUGGGCCACCCUGGUGUACUGCCCGAUGGCGUACUGGGUGUGGAACCCGGACGGGUGGUGCGCGAAGAGGGGGGUGCUGGACUACGCGGGCGGCGUGCCGGUGGAGAUUGGCUCGGGCGUGUCGGCGCUGGCGUACUCGUGGGUGCUGGGGCGGAGGAACGAGAGGAUGAUGAUGAACUUUCGCCCGCACAACAUCUCGCUGAUCACGCUGGGCACCAUCUUGCUGUGGUUCGGGUGGUUGGGGUUCAACGGCGGGUCGGCGUUUGGGGCGAACCUGCGCGCGGUGAUGGCGUGCUGGAACUCAUGCCUGACGGCCAUGUUCGCGGCCAUGACCUGGUGCCUGCUCGACUUCCGCCUCGCACGCAAGUGGUCCAUGGUCGGCUGGUGCUCGGGGACCAUCUCCGGGCUGGUCGCCGCCACGCCCGCCUCGGGCUUCAUCGACCCGUGGGCGAGCAUCAUCCUCGGCGUCGUCGCCGGCGUCUGCUGCAACUUUGGCACCAAGAUCAAGUUCCUCGUCCGCAUCGACGACUCCCUCGACGUCUUUGCCGAGCACGGCAUCGGCGGCAUGGUCGGCCUCGUCUUCAACGGCUUCUUCGCCUCCCAGUACGUCAUCGGCCUCGACGGCGUCAACUCCGGCGCCAUCGGCGGCUUCCUCGACCACCGCUUCUCCCUCCUCGGCUGGCAGAUCGUCGCCAUCCUCGCCGCCUCCGCCUACGCCUUUGCCGUCUCCGCCGCCAUCGCCAAGCUCAUCGACCUCGUGCCCGGCCUCAAACUGCGCGCCUCCGAGGAGGCUGAGCUGCUCGGCAUGGACGACGACCAGCACGGCGAGUUCUCGUACGACUACGUCGAGGUCCGCCGCGACUUCCUCGCCUGGAGCCCGCACCGCGACGAGCCCCUCGCGGCGGACAUGGGCGUCGCGGGCAUCGAGCCCCAGCAUGGCAUCGCGGAGCACGCGAGCAUGUCGAUCCGGCCGACGAGCUCCUCGCUGGUGGGCGUGGAGGGGAAGAGGUCGGCGCCGUCGUCGCUGCGCGAGCAGAGCGACCGCGAGGAUGUUAUCGUCGAGGCAGAGGAGGAGCAGCCUGUUCAGGAGAAGCAACCUCACGCCAGCGCCUAA